UUCAUUUAUCUGAUGAAAACUUCAGAGUUCUCAGUCGGGGUGUUAUUAAUCAGGGUGUAUAAAGGUGUCAUAUGAUGAUAAUAGCUUACAGGAGAAAUAACUACGACUUUUGGGAUAAAUUCUUAGCUUGGGGGUUAAGGCGUGUUCUUCCGUUUAAGUUUCUUUUUUUCCUCCUUUUUGUUUUCUGUCCUGCGGCAUCACGACCCUCUCACUGCAGACUCCUCGCAGAGGCUGCUGGGGAGGUGGAGGCUCGCUCUGACCGGGCAUCCGAGGCGAACCCCCGCCUUGUGCAACACAUCCACUAUUCUGCGGUAAAGAUGGCGGCGUCAGAGGGGGCGCGCAGCGGCUGGACCACGGCAAAAAGGAUUUGAUUGUCUCCUUUUUCCAUCGAGUCCAGCUCGCGGAGUGUUGUAAUUUGGUCAUACGGUACGAACUGUACCGCUGCGGUAAAGAAAACCGUGUCACGCGCUGAGGUUGCGGUUUUAUUGUUGCAGGGUGGGUUUCACUCGUAGCGGCUAACCUUAGCUAACGGGCUAGCUAGCUAACUCGGGCUAGUUCACGUUAUCUCAGUGAGGAGGGUGUUGAGGAAGAGAAUUCGGGCCAGUCUGUUCCAUCUUGGGGGGGAUGUGAACCAGAAGCGCGCGGGGGGUUUGCUUGCUUCGUCCCAAACGACCUCACAACAAACUACCGGGAUGGGACAGCAGGUAGGCCGCGUUGGUGAGGUUACAUCGACCGGACUGCAGCCACCACAACCCCACGCUCCCCAACCGCAGCCGGGGAGGGGGAACCGGGGGAGCGGAGCCGGGAGAAGACCCCGGGAACCAGGCUGUAGCACAGGGACACCGCCAGGCAGGGCAGCCUCUGCCAACGUGCCCGACCCAGGGAUCAAUAUAUUCACCCAACAUUCAGAAGCUCUGACAGAGGCUGUGCGCUGGAGCUCCAAGGAGAACCUUCUGGGGGCGGCUGAGAGCGACCCUAACCUCUUCGUUGCACUUUAUGACUUCGUUGCUAGUGGAGACAACACACUCAGCAUCACUAAAGGUGAAAAGCUGCGUGUGCUGGGCUACAACCAGAAUGGAGAGUGGAGCGAAGUCCGGUCCAAGAACGGUCAGGGUUGGGUUCCCUCCAACUACAUCACACCCGUCAACAGUCUAGAGAAGCAUAGCUGGUACCACGGGCCCGUCUCCCGCAGCGCUGCAGAGUAUCUUCUGUCCUCCCUGAUCAACGGCAGUUUCUUAGUGCGUGAAAGUGAAAGCAGUCCCGGGCAGCUGUCCAUCUCCCUGCGCUACGAGGGCAGAGUGUACCACUACCGGAUCAACACAGGCACCGAUGGAAAGGUUUAUGUGACAUCCGAAAGCCGGUUUGCUACUUUAGCCGAGCUGGUCCACCACCACUCCACCGUACCCGAUGGCCUGGUCACCACCCUGCACUACCCCGCACCCAAAUGCAACAAGCCCACAGUGUACGGCGUGUCGCCCAUCCACGAUAAGUGGGAGAUGGAGCGCACAGACAUCACUAUGAAGCACAAGCUGGGAGGGGGCCAGUAUGGGGAGGUGUACGUCGGAAUGUGGAAGAAAUACAACCUGACUGUGGCUGUCAAAACACUAAAGGAGGACACGAUGGAAGUUGAAGAGUUUCUAAAAGAGGCGGCAGUCAUGAAAGAAGUGAAACACCCAAAUCUCGUUCAGCUCCUAGGUGUGUGUACUCUGGAGCCUCCGUUCUACAUCGUGACCGAAUACAUGCCGCACGGAAACCUGCUGGAUUAUUUGAGAGAUUGUGACAAAGCCGAGGUGAACGCCGUGGUGCUGCUGUACAUGGCCACACAGAUCUCCUCUGCUAUGGAGUACCUGGAGAAGAAGAACUUCAUACACAGGGAUCUUGCGGCGAGGAACUGCCUGGUUGGGGAAAAUCAUGUCGUGAAAGUGGCAGACUUUGGUCUCAGUCGGCUGAUGACCGGUGACACCUACACCGCCCACGCCGGAGCCAAGUUCCCUAUUAAAUGGACGGCCCCGGAGAGUCUGGCUUACAACACUUUCUCCAUCAAGUCAGACGUCUGGGCGUUCGGAGUGCUGCUGUGGGAAAUCGCCACCUAUGGCAUGUCCCCGUAUCCCGGCAUCGAUUUGUCGCAGGUGUACGAUCUUCUGGAGAAAGGUUAUCGCAUGGGACAGCCCGAGGGAUGUCCGCCGAAAGUUUACGAACUCAUGAGGGCAUGCUGGCAGUGGAAUCCUCUAGAAAGACCUUCGUUUGCAGAAAUCCAUCAAGCUUUUGAGACGAUGUUCCACGACUCCAGCAUCUCUGAAGAGGUAGCAGAGGAGCUCUGUAAGACGGAGUCGCGGCAGAGUCACAGCGGCCCGCUGCACUCCUUCGGCCACGACAUGCCCCUGCUGCCCUCCAAGUCCCGCUCGCUCCACAAGCACACGGAAAACAAGGAGAACAUCGAGGGGGGGCUGGACGCUCGCUCCGACCCCGGCGGCCACUCAGGCUGGGCGCCACCGUUGCUCGGCGGCGAUGGCCGAUUUGGCAGCUCCCCGGCGCUCCCCAGGAAGCAGCAGCCGCGGGACAAAUCUCCCGGCAGCCUUUUGGAGGACGCCCAGGACAUGGGUACGUUCACCAGAGACCGCAAGACCGGCUUCUUUAGCUCCUUCAUCAAAAAGAAGUCGUCGUCCUCCUCCUCGCAGACGUCCCAGCAGCAGAACCUCCCCACGCCCCCCAAGAGAAGCAGCUCCUUCCGGGAGGAGACGCAGCCUCACAAGAAGUACGAGCCCACAGCGGACUUCAGCGCUCCUCUCCCCCUGCCGGACGGCGUCGGGGGGUUCUCUCCUUCCCACUCCCACGGGGAGCCCAACCAGACGCAGUCCCGCUGCUGUGGUGCAGCGUUCGGCCAGAAACCCUCCAGCGGAAGCUUCAGUUCGCAGCUGACCAGCGGGAGCAGCUGGGGGGGGCUGGCCGGCUUUUUCACCCCGAGACUCAUCAAAAAGACGCUGGGGCUGCGCACCGGGAAGACGGCCUCCUCCGAGGACGGCGGUAGUUUAGGCACAGGACCAAAGCCUUUCCCGAGGUCCAAUUCUACCUCCUCCAUGUCGGCGGGACUGCCGGACCUGGAGCGCAUGGCGCUGACCUUACCCAGAAACCACAGCGCCAAGCCCCUCCUGGAGAGGACGGCCUCCACCACCUCCCAGCCGGAGAACGGGGCCGCCAGGACCUCCGAAACGCUGCUGAAGAGGAUGGACGAGGGCACGGCGCAGAUCAGGGAGAGGCCCAAAGCCAAGCUGCUGCCCCGCGGGGCCGCCGCCAGGGCACCGGGGGUCGGAGGGGAGGCAGGCUCUGACGGCAGGACCAGAGAGGGGAAGGAGGACAGUCCGGGUCAAAGCUGGUCCUCCCCCUCUAAGAGCUCCGGUUCCAGCACCCACAACCACAAAGUUCCCGUCCUGAUCUCCCCCACCCUGAAGCACAGCCCCGCCGACGUGCACCUGGUGGGGCUGGACUCUCAGGGGAACCGCUUCAAACUGCUGUCCGAGAGCCAGGGGGACAAGGACCGCCCCCGGCUGGUCAAACCCAAGUGUGCUCCACCUCCACCUCCCACCCUGCGCAGCCUGCAGCCCGCCUCCAGCGGCGGCGAGGACCAAGCGCCCGCAGAGAUGAACGGAGACACGCUGAAAGGUCACAGGUCGGGGCGAGCGUCCGGAGGAACGAGCAGACCGUCAGUGCCACCACCUCAAGUGCCUCCUGCUUCUUCCUCCUCGUGCCCCGCCAGCGCCAACACAACCCCCACCAAAAUGGCCAACGGCGCCGCCACCACCACUGCUUCCUUGCACAUAGCGACGCCCGUCAGUUCGAAGGGCGCCUUGCGCCGCGUCCGGCAGCAGGCGGAGCGGGUCCCCUUGGAGCGGGUCAGCCGGGAGGCCCUGCUGGAGUGCGCUGAGGGACUGAGCAGCGCGCUCCACGCCAGCUCCGACAGCCCCUCCAGCAGCCAGGUUCUGGACGCCGGCCACCAGCUCUUAGACUACUGCUCAGGUUACGUGGACUGCAUCCCUCUGACCCGGAACAAGUUCGCCUUCCGAGAGGCUGUGGGCAAGCUGGAGCUCAGCCUGCAGGAACUCCGAGCCUCGUCCUCCACGAGUGGGGGGCCGAGCAACGUGGGGCCCAACGCCGUGUUGGACAACCUGCACAGCUGCAUUAAAGAGAUCAGUGACGUCGUCCAGAGGUAGCCACUGUGACGUCACUGAUCCCCACUCUGGACACUCGGCAGUUUUUCACGGACCUGGUUCUAACCAUAGCUUUUUUUUUUUUUUU